AUGAAGUACGGCAACCCCAACUACGGAGGCAUGAGGGGCAUCCUCAGCAACUCCUGGUAACCACACGCGCGGAUGCUUCCUUGCGCCAACACUCAUUUAUUCAUUCAUACAUGCUGGCUAGGCACCCUGUGGUGCGUCUCCAUGGCGAUUCAGGGGGACAGUGCGCUAAACCAGGGGUUCCCAAACUUUUUUCACUCAGGCCCCCCUUCCAGCAUUGGCGAAUAUCUUGCGCCCAGUCUUUCUAUGGGCACAAGCACUGUUCAUGAAACACACUUCACACCCCUCUUGUUGGCGGAGAGAAAAUGUUGUAGGUUUAAAGCUAAUUUCCUGCAAUUCUACACAUUUUGUCAUGGGUUUCAGAGAAAAUGUUGCAGUUGUAAAGCAAAUGUUCCUGCUAUUUGAUACAUUUUGCCACAUCUAAUGUGUAUUCAUGUGAUAUUUGAGUGACAACCAUUCCAACAAAAUCUAUGGGCUAAAAAACCUAGCGAAAAACCAUUAGCUGACAUGGGCUAGUUGAUCUGGACAUUUCUGACAAGUUAUAAAUAGAUCUCUUAAGGUAUGCAAUAACUGACAUGAUGAGGAAAAUUGAUGCACUACCCAAUUUUGAAAUUGCACCUUGUGCAUUCCACUAUUACAACGUUCAAGAGUAUUUUGAAAGCUGGACUGAGUUCCUUAAAUGUUUUACUUUCAUUUAUUUGUGCCAAACCAUCAUGGUACAGCCAGAUCCUCAUCACCACCAUGGCUGACUGGAACUGAUAUGCUGCUCCUUUGGUCUCUUUCACUCACUUUUCCCUUACACUUUCUUUCACUUUUUCUAUGUCUGCACCUUCCUGUUAUCAGAAAACAACAACAAUAGUAGUACUAUGUUUGUCGUCCGCUACUUGAACACAGAUGUCAUUCUUCCCCCUCUCUUUUUCACUUUUCUCUCCCUUUUUAUUCCCCUCUGUCCUUUUCUCUACUUCUCAUCGGUUUUCCCCUGAUUUUAUUUUUUCAGUUUAUUUUCCCCUUUGACCCCUUUCUAUCAGGAAAAAAGACAUGCUGGUUAGUCGAACGCUCAAAUUAAGAUCUGGACCGCGAAGCCAGUUCCACUGUUUUUAAAAAUGUAUUCUUCCCCUCGAAUCAGGGACUGAUUUUAGACUGAAGGGUUGAAGUAUAUGGGUGGGUAUGUUGAUGCUAAUGUCUCUGUCACCUUCUGCAGGAAGAGACGGUAUCACACGCGCAGAAUCGUGAGCAAGAGCAAGAAACCCCUCAUAGGGGACAGCAUGGGACACACAUCACCCUAUACACACAGACAUUCUGGUAAGAACACACACUACCCUACAGACACUUAGGUGGGAACACCCACACAAACAUUUGCAACUGCCAUGCGCUAACAUUCAUUUACAGAUCCCCUGUGGUAAUCUGUGACUUCCUCCCUGUCUCGCUCCUCUAUCCUCUUCCUCUCCUUUCUCCCCCAUCUCUCUCCAGCUGACCUAGUCAACCUGCCAGAAGAACCAAUAGAGGAAGAAGAGGAGGAUGAGGAAGAGGAGGACAUGGACUCAGACGACAGGGUGGUGGAGUACAAGGAGAAGGGGGAGAGAGGGAGGGAAAGGGAGGGAGGGCGGGGUGCGGGAGGUCCAGGGGUGGCCCUGCGGAGUCGUUUGGGCAGGCCCUCGUCUUCCCCCUCUGUCUCGUCAGACUCAGACGAAAUGGACUAUGACCUGGAGCUCAAGAUGAUCUCAACCCCCUCCCCCAAGAAGAGCAUGAAGAUGACCAUGUACGCAGACGAGGUCGAGACCAACCUCAAGACUAUACGGUCAGUGGGUGUGUGUGGUGGACGAAAGUGUGUGUGGAGGUGGGUGACAUGACCAUGAUGACCAACCUCAGGGGCCUACAGUGUGGGUUUGUCUUUGUGUGUAUGUGUGCAGAAUGUGGACCUUUUGACAUAGGUAAACGUAGUAAAUUAAUAGUUGAUGUUCUCCGUGUCUGUUCUUCAGACACUCUUCUGUUCGCAGUGACAGCGGCUCGGGGGGUAGUGGCGUCCGGAACAGGAUCGGUGGUGGAGGAGGAGGAAGUGGAGGAUCGGUGGGAGGGACCAAAAGCAGUGCAGUGGAGAAAGUGAUGGAUGUGAGGCAGCUAUUGGAGGAGAAAAGACAGAGCCAAACCCAGCACAGACAGCGCGCCCCUGUGGCCAGUAGUGGAAAAACGGGUCAGUUAUCCACCACUCUACACGGUCAAUAUCAAUGUAAUCUAGUUCCAAGACAUUUCCGAGUCUGCUGGACCAACACAUUCAACUUGGCCUUUGUUAGCCAAUACAGAAACUCUCCAUGCAUUGGCAUUGGGCUUAAUGGGCUUGAUCUACCAACCAAUCAUCUCCCACAACGCCUUCCCCCUAAAGGCGUCCGCAUGCUUCCCAGCCGAAACAGUUCGGAAGAGUUCAUGCAUAUAUUAUGACAACAUUUUGUUCAUUUGGGCUUCGGUAAGGGUUUUUUGGGCGAUUCGGGCACACAAUUUUUUUUUUCUGGAGGCAAGAUGAAGUCUACGCCCCUUCGUCUGUGAUUCUUAAGUAAAGUCUUUCUUGUCAAUCAACGAGAGACGACUCGUUUUCAUGCACAUUUGUUAAUUGAGAAAUAUAGCACCAAACAUCUUAGUUAGUGCGACUAAGAUCUCCUUGGCAAAACGUAUCAAUUAAUGACAGAUUCCUUGAGAUAAAUUCUGACAGUACUAUUGAUGCUUUUUUUUUUAUUUGCAAGCGAAGGUCUUUUAAAGGGAGUAUGCGAACACACACAGAGUUCGGCUAGGCACCAGCCAAACUGAAGCAUGUUGACGCCUUAACCCUCCACGCCUCGCAGUCUUGUGAUUCUCAACAAAUGUAAUUAUGACAUACUUUACUCAGUAAGGUCACUCCCAUAGACUGACAGUGUUACGAAAAUGAUGGAGUAGUAUUCCGUGUGUUGUGAUUCUGGAUGGUCAGAUGGCUAGCAACAAUGACAAGAAGCUGCCAUGUUGUGGAGUCGUAGGUGGCUCGUUUCAGCUGGUUGUAUCUUGUUAUUGAUACAAUGUCUUGUUUCGGAGGUGUUUUGACUCUUGUCACAUCUAUGCUAAUAUGGAUGUAAUGAUUCAAUGGUACACAUCGAUCCCCCGAUUGAAACGUUUAAGAUAUGAGUGCACUGGUCUGCGGGACCCCAAAACGAUCCAAAUGUAGAAUGCAUUGGUCAGAAAAUCGAUUCAAACCUUACUAAUUGCCGGUUCACUAAACAUUUUCUCAAAUUACUUUCUUUCUACCUUCCGAAAAUACCUAAUCUUUCAAUGUCGAACUGCAUGUAAUUAUGUUGACAGUCAUUAAUCUACAAGUCAUUUUGAAUGCCGAACAAACCUUACUGAGAGGUAGGCCUAUUCCUGAUCUGGUGCAUCUGCGUGUCACUUUAAGCGUUCAUGUGUUUGUAAAAUGGCUUGCGCAAUAUUAGGCUUUAUUAGUUGAGCGACAACCAAUGUAAUUUGCUAGGUUAUUUUAAAUCAAAUGCGCUGAAAAUGGUGUUUUACUGGAAUAAAAGUAGCCUAAGCUACCAACGGAGACAACUCAUCUGGCUAUAGGUAGGCUACAUGCUGAUCGAGGAUUACAUUACAUUUUAUUUUGAUUGUUCAGGUUCAUCAUCAUCAAUAGUUUUGGUCGUUUUGCCUGGAACAAUCGGUGUAUAUAUAAAGUUGAUAAUUUCAUAACGAGGAAAUCAGAAGCUCACUCAGUCUGUCAAAAGUCUAAACCAUUCGAUUAUGAGACGGGUGAAAUCUAAAAUUGUGCUAUAUAUUAAUUGGCUAUGUCAUAGCUAAUUGUUAAAGAUAAAUAUUGAUACAUGACUAGCUAUAACACUUUUAAUCUGCAAAAAUGACAGUUAGUGGGGGAUUUCAGAUCAAGGGGGGGGGGGGGGGGGGGGUAGUGGGUGGUAGAUGCCCAGUUUCCCUUAUGGCUUAGCUCCGGUGCCUACAUACACCAUAGACAUAUACUGUACUUAAUUUACACACACACCAAAGUCAGCUCAGACAGAUCCAGCUCAGAGACCCAGCUCAUGAGCUCCAUCAGCAACAGAUGGAAAAUGAAUGUGUUUAUGCAACAAAUGUUAGUGCACCGAAUCGCAUCGAUUCAUCCCUCUAAUCAAACGAACACGUAUCGUUCCUGUAUCGUAUCGGCGCCCAUGUGUCUAGAUACGCAUCGAAUCAUCUUGAAAGGGAAAGAUGCACAUUCCUAGUAACAAUGUAUUUGAGGGACAACAAAUGUUCAUUGUGCAAAUGUAUUUGUUUUCAAUAAGGAUUUGGAGAACUAUAGUUUCCAUGUUGCCAACAAUCCUUUGAUUCUAAGCCAACCCUCCCUGUUUUGCUCCACGGUUGCUAUACAACCCACACGUCUAAAGAAUUCUGUGGUCACUCCCACUUAGGCCAACUUUGAAUCGUUGAUGUCCCAGACUUAUGUGCGCAAUAUCCUGGGAACCAGGGUAAUCUCAAUGACGUGGUAUAAUAUUUUUUCUGGUUUGUGUGUGUGUAGUGUACUUAACCUUGUGUUGUGUGUAGAUGUGAGGCAGAGGUUAGGGAAGAGACCGUACUCUCCUGAGAGACGACACUCCGCCUCCCCUGUCGCCUCCCGAGACUCACCCCCUCCCCGAGAGCAAAUCACAGACGUGCACAGCCGACUGGGCGUGGCCAAACAAGACGCCCACGGCCUCUACUCUGAUUCGUCCAAAGACGGGAAAUCGAGUAAGGAAGAAAAACAGAUCUCCAUCUACUGCUAUUAGUCAAUAAUGCUGUAAGUUUGUUGAAAAGAGACACAAAGUGCUUUAAUAUUGAUCCCCCCCCUUCUCGCUCCCUCCCCCCAGGUCGUCUGUGGAGCAGGCUCGGCCCCUCCUCCCAUAAGGGUGACGUUCCCGAGCGGAAGCCUUCCAGUCGCCGUGCGGGAUCGGGAUCAGCCAGCUCCAGGUUGGGGGGACGGGGGCGGGAAGGAGAAGAGGAAAAUGAGGAGGAGGACGACUCUGCACUGCAGAAGGUGUGGGGGGCCUUGAUCAAACAGAAGGAACAGCAGACCCACACGAUGAAGAAGAGUCGGCUUGACAACCUGCCCUCGCUACAGAUUGAGAUCAGCCGGGAGAGCAGUAACGGAUCUGACUCAGACUCCUGA